UACUCCAAUGCGCGGAUGCGCGUUUGGCGUUGCGCAGGUUGUAGUGUGAAGCUUUGGGAGCGAGCAUGGGUCGGAGGUUGAAGGAUUUAUGGAGAUUGAUGCAUGGCUCUGAUUCGACAAUCUGAUGCUCAUCACUAUGACUGAUGCUGGCAUGGCCAUGUGGGAGAAUACAACAGAAGCCCAUGUGGCUGGAAACAGCACAGAAGCGGACGGAGCGGGCUGCCCGCUCUGGGCCGAGCCGCAGCACCUGCUCUUCCAGCUGGCCAACGGCUGCUUCCUGGUGUCGUACGUGUCGCCUAACUCGCAGCGCGGUCUGCUGGUGCUGCAUGCUGUGCUCAUUCUGGGCUUCUUCCUGUACUCGAUGUGGGGCUGGAACGUCAUCUGCGCGCCGGACAUCUUCACCUGGAACUUCCUGUUCGUGCUGCUGAACAUGGGCCAGGUGCUGCACAUCAUCUACCAGAUGCGCCCGGUCAAGUUCGACCAGGAGCUGGAGGAGCUCUACAAGACGCUGUUCGAGCCGCUGCGGGUGCCGCGCCUGCUGUUCCGCAAGCUGGUGAGUCCGGAGCACGCCCAGCUGGUGACGCUGCACGCGGGCGAGGCGUACGCCCUGCAGAACCUGACGCGCACCGACCGACUGGGCGUGCUGCUGGCCGGCAAGUGCAACGUGCUCGCCGACAACAGCUUCCUGCACAGCAUCGGGUCCAACCAGUUCCUCGACAGCCCCGAGUUUGAGUCGACCAAGGCCACCGCCGAGAGAAGUUUAAGGUGCGUGGCCAUCAUCGCUGCCAGUCAGUGCCGCUACAUCUUCUGGCACCGCUCGGCCAUCGAGUACCUGUUCGUGAAGGAGCCCUACCUGGCCACCGUCCUCUCGACCAUGAUCGCCCGCGAUAUCACCACCAAGCUCUACUGCAUGAAUCACAAGGUGGUGACGGGGCGCGGCUCGGCGCUCGACAUCCGCCUGCCGAGCAUCACCUCCUCGCUGAGCUCGUGCGACGCGCGCUCGCCGCGCACUCGCGCUGUCCGCUCCCGCGCGCCUGCUGAUUAG